GGCGGCGGCGGCGGCGGCGGCGAGCAGUUGAUCAUUGUGAUGGUGGCAGGAGCAGCGGCGGCAGCGGCAGCCCAGCCGAGCGUUAGGGGCUGCUCUCCGCGCGGCGUUUUGCAAAGGACUUCACCGAUCUACUUUUGCAGUCGCCUCGGACUGUCCAUGUGUUUACUUCCCCCAGCCCGAGGAUUCGAUAUCUAGGUUCCUGUGAAAUGCAACUGAGCAGCCAAAGUACUUUGAGAACACGGGGCGGCAUAAACACCAAAACUUUUUUGUGGAAGGAAAAUGCAAUAAGCAAGCUUGCCGUUUUCCGAUGCGGUGUGGAGUGAGUGUGUGUCGCGCGUGUCCGCACUGGAGGCAUAUGCUUGUGUGUGUACAUGGGGUGUAUUUUUCGGUACGUAGGGAGAAAAUGCUUGCCAACCACCGGAAAUCUCCUGGAAUUUAUUAGAAAAUAAUGGAUUAUAAAAAGAAGGCAGGAGAGGAGCGGAUCUCCCCUUGAGUUGCAACCCGAUUUGCUGCUGGCUCAGUUUGUUGUGAUUCUUUUUGUUGAUAGGUGUCUGAUGGUAUUCUGAUAACACCCCCCCCUUUUUCCCUUCGAGCUUUACAGUUUAAAAAAAGGAAACAAAAAACCCACCCCAAAAUCUCUCCCCCCUUUUUUUUUUCGCCCCGUCGGGAUCGCUGUUUCCAUCCAUGUGCUUGCGUCUCCCCCGCGUUCCACUUAAACUAUUUUAAUUCUUGGACCCAAGGAGGAGGCUGAUAGGGGGGUGGAUAAAAAAAAGUUCUUCCAAAAUAGUGUGCCCGGGGAGCAGGAUGGGGGAUUUCGCAGCCCCCGCUGCUGCCGCGAAUGGCAGUAGUAUUUGCAUCAACAGUAGCCUGAACAGCAGCCUCGGCGGGGCCGGGAUCGGUGUGAAUAAUACUCCCAAUAGUACUCCCGCUGCUCCGAGUAGCAAUCACCCCGCUGCCGGCUGCGGCGGCGGCGGCUCCGGGGGCCCCGGCGGCGGCUCAGCGGCCGUCCCCAAGCACAGCACCGUGGUGGAGCGGCUCCGCCAGCGCAUCGAGGGCUGCCGGCGGCACCACGUCAACUGCGAGAACAGGUAUCAGCAGGCUCAGGUGGAGCAGCUGGAGCUGGAGCGCCGGGACACCGUGAGCCUCUACCAGCGGACUCUGGAGCAGAGGGCCAAGAAAUCGGGCGCCGGCACGGGCAAGCAGCAGCACCAGAGCAAACCCCAGCAAGAUGCGGAGGCUGCCUCGGCGGAGCAGAGGAACCACACGCUGAUCAUGCUCCAAGAGACUGUGAAAAGGAAGUUGGAAGGAGCUCGAUCACCACUUAAUGGAGACCAGCAGAAUGGUGCUUGUGAUGGGAGUUUUUCUCCAACGAGCAAGAGAAUACGAAAGGACAUUCCUACAGGAAUGGAAACCAUCAACAUGCCACUGCCUUCAGCUUCUCCUCUUCACCAACUUGACCUGAAGCCUUCUUUGCCCUUGCAGAAUAGUGGAACUCACACUCCUGGGCUUCUAGAAGAUCUAAGUAAGAAUGGUAGGCUUCCGGAGAUCAAACUUCCGGUCAACGGUUGCAGUGACCUGGAGGACAGCUUCACCAUCCUGCAGGGCAAGGACCUCAAACAAGAGCCUCUAGAUGACCCUACUUGCAUAGACACAUCAGAAACAUCUCUUUCAAAUCAGAACAAGCUAUUCUCAGACAUUAACCUGAAUGAUCAGGAGUGGCAAGAGUUAAUCGAUGAGUUGGCCAACACAGUUCCUGAAGAUGACAUACAGGACCUGUUCAACGAAGACUUUGAGGAGAAGAAGGAGCCUGAAUUCUCACAGCCGGCGACGGAGACCCCUCUCUCCCAGGAGAGCGCCAGCGUGAAGAGCGACCCCUCUCACUCUCCUUUUGCACACGUCUCCAUGGGCUCUCCCCAGGCGAGGCCCUCCUCUUCCGGCCCUCCCUUUUCUACCGUUUCCACGGCCACGAGUUUACCUUCUGUGGCCAGCACUCCCGCAGCUCCAAACCCUGCCAGCUCACCAGCAAACUGCGCUGUCCCGUCCCCUCAGACCCCGAACCAAGCCCACACUCCAGGCCAAGCCCCACCUCGGCCUGGGAACGGUUAUCUCCUUAAUCCCGUAGCAGUGCCCGUGGCCGGUCCCGCAGCUGGCCCCGUGGCAGUGGCCAGCUCUGACCUGUCCCCAGCGGAGCAGCUCAAGCAGAUGGCCGUGCAGCAGCAACAGAGGGCCAAACUCAUGCAACAGAAGCAGCAGCAGCAGCAGCAGCAGCAGCAGCAACACUCAAACCAGACUUCCAGUUGGUCUCCCUUAGGGCCCCCGUCCAGCCCCUACGGAGCAGCUUUCGCUGCGGAAAAACCAAAUAGCCCAAUGAUGUACCCCCAAGCCUUUAACAACCAAAACCCCAUAGUGCCUCCCAUGGCCAACAACCUGCAGAAGACGACAAUGAAUAACUACCUCCCGCAGAACCACAUGAAUAUGAUCAAUCAGCAGCCGAAUAACUUGGGUACCAACUCCUUAAGCAAACAGCACAAUAUUCUCACCUACGGCAACACUAAGCCUCUGACCCAUUUUAAUGCAGACUUGAGUCAGAGGAUGACCCCCCCGAUGGCCAACCCCAACAAAACCCCUUUGAUGCCCUACAUCCAGCAGCAGCCGCCCCCACCGCCCCCGCCACAGCAGCCGCCACCCCCGCCCCCGCCGCCGCCACAGCUCCAGGCUCCCCGGGCGCAUCUGAGCGAGGAGCAGAAGCGCAUGCUUCUCAUGAAGCAGAAAGGAGUGAUGACUCAGCCCAUGGCUUACGCCGCGCUUGCCUCCCACGGUCAGGAGCAGCACCCAGUUGGACUCCCCCGGACCACAGGCCCCAUGCAGUCCUCGGUGGCCCCAGGCUCUAGCGGCAUGGUGUCCGGAGCCAGUGCCGCGGGUCCCGGCUUCCUUGGCAGCCAGCCCCAAGCAGCCAUCAUGAAGCAGAUGCUCAUGGAUCAGCGGGCCCAGCUGAUGGAGCAACAGAAGCAACAGUUCCUGCGGGAGCAAAGGCAGCAGCAGCAACAGCAGCAGCAGCAGCAGCAGAUUCUGGCCGAGCAGCAGCUGCAGCAAUCACAUUUACCCCGCCAGCACCUCCAGCAGCAGCGGAAUCCAUACCCCGUGCAGCAGGUCAAUCAGUUCCAAGGUUCUCCCCAGGACAUCGCAGCUGUGAGAAGCCAAGCAGCCCUCCAGAGCAUUCGAACAUCUCGGCUGAUGGCACAGAAUGCAGGCAUGAUGGGAAUGGGACCCUCCCAGAACCCAGGGACAAUGGCCACGGCAGCAGCCCAGUCAGAGAUGGGACUGGCCCCUUAUAGCAACACGCCUACCAGCCAACCAGGAAUGUACAAUAUGAGCACAGGAAUGACCCAAAUGUUGCAGCACCCAAACCAAAGUGGCAUGAGCAUCACACACAACCAAGCCCAGGGGCCAAGGCAGCCCACCUCGGGGCAAGGGGUUGGGAUGGUGAGUGGUUUCGGUCAGAGCAUGCUGGUGAACUCCGCCGUUACCCAGCAGCACCAGCAGAUGAAAGGGCCGGUGAGCCAAGCCCUGCCAAGGCCCCAGGGCCCGCCAAGGCUGCAGGGCAUUAUGGGAACAGUCCAGCAGGGAGCGCAGAGCUGGCCACAGAGGAGCUUACCAGCCAUGCCCGGGAGGACUAGUGGAGAACUGGGAUCAUUCAGCAACGGCGCCAGCUACCCGCUUCAAGCCGGCCAGCCGAGGCUGACCAAGCAACACUUCCCACAGGGACUGAGCCAGGUCGUGGACGCUAACACUGGCGCCGUGCGAACCCUCAACCCAGCUGCCAUGGGCCGGCAGAUGAUGCCGCCACUCCCAGGGCAGCAAGGCAGCGGCCAGGCCAGGCCGAUGGUCAUGGCUGGCCUAAGCCAGGGCGUCCCCAGCCUGCCGGCGUUCAGCCAGCCCCCGGCCCAGCAGCAGAUGCCCAGCAGCAACUUCACUCCGGGCGGCCAGAGCCAGGCCUACGAGCGGACCGCCCCUCAGGACAUGUCCUACAAUUACGGCGGCGAGGCAGGCGGGGCCUCCUUCCCCGGCCUCUCGGACAGUGCGGACCUUGUGGACUCCAUCAUCAAAGGCGGCCCAGGGGACGAGUGGAUGCAGGAGCUUGAUGAGUUGUUCGGGAACCCCUAGUCCAAAGGAAACCCGAGAGGCGCGACUCCUAGUGUUGAAAGCUUAAAACGUGAAAAAGAAACAGGAUGUUGAGCCAUCCCUGUUUUUUGUUUUUUUGACCCACGCAAACUGAGCAAAACUGCAGCUGGCUGACAGUGAAAGAUCCAGGUGCCAACCCACAGCCCCGCUGGGCCUCAUUUCACCUGAUUUUCACACAGCAACCGAGACACCAGGCGCCGAUCCUGGCUG